GUGCACUGGGCAGUUUGAAUCACAACUUCUGCCGACCUGAUUUACACCAGCGAUGACACAAGGGGGCGAAGGCGCACACACACAAAUUUGAAGAUCACAAAAAUGGAGAACCCCUGUGCGAGUGUCACUGCUCCUGCCCCCCUCUUCAUCACAGAAGAUGAUGAGCCAAGUGAAGCAGGUGGAGGAAACGUACGACUGAGGAGUCCAGCUCAGUCUGACCACAGCCUCAUGGGAGUGAGUUUGUGUCAGACUUUGUCCAUUGGACCAUACCUGAAAGAAAUGGAUGAUCUUCUUAAGAACUGUGAAGAACUUACAGGUAUAAGUGAAAACACUUGGAAUGAAACAAGGGUUUGUUCCCAGGAGUACAUGUCCACGAGCUGUGUGGACACAGAAGACGUCCAGCUACUGGACGCUGGUUUUGACCCGUGUGGAGCAGGAACCUGUGCCUCCUCUGCAAUGCCCCUGACGUCUGCAGGAAACAAGCUCAGUGAGAGCAUGUCUGAAUAUGAAGAGCAGCUCAUGGACAUGUUAUCCAUGUUAGAGAGCUGUGAGGAAGACAGCACAAUGGACCAUAGACCACAGGACUGGAGCUCCACUGACGAGUAUGUCCACAUCCCCAAACUCUUUAAGGAAACAGGAAAGACGCCACUGGAGUCAGGUAAAUCUGUGAUACUGGAGACACACGCAGCAGCAAGCAACUUCUGUGACCACCAAGACGGAAAUAAUGAGGUUUACUCCAGGAAGAGAGCUGCACGAACCCAAACAGACAACGUUUACCACAGUGACAACGCCAGAGGUUUGUCAGGGCAAAGCUCAGAGGAAUGUAAUGAAGAUCACAACGCUGAGAGUGCACUGAACCCUUCUGUUUUGACACAACAACUCACAUGUAAAGGCACACACUCUGAGGAAGACUGCGAGGUUAAAGCUGCUGGUAACAGUGACCUUAAUGAAGCUGAUGUGGACAUGGCCGGUUUAAGCACAGGUCUGUCUGAAUUACAGUCUCUGGGGCCUAAACUAGACGAGUUCAUAGAUGAGGUCCAACGCCUGGUGCAGAAAAGGAGGGAGCUGCAGACGGAGGUGAUGAAACUGUGUGGGAACAGCCGCGACGAGCAAACAGCAGAAACACCUGAGGAGGACACAGAUCGAGGAGACAAAGUGGCAGAACUUAUUUCGAGACUAAAAGAGGCAGAACAACUCCAAAGAGAAAAAAGCAUGAGUGAGAUUGAAAACUUGCGGCAUGAGCGAGCAGAAGAAGAGAGGAAACUGUGGCGUGUCGGUGUGGAGAGGCAGAGUCUACACGGCGAGCACUGGAGACUAAAGAAGAAACUCUAUGUCGUUACCAAGGAGUGCGCCCAGAGCCAGGCAGCGCUGAGGGCACAACAGCAACAUGUAGAUCUACUGAAGAAGGAAGAGGAGAAGCUACAAACUGCAGAAGUGGAGCUGAGGGAGGAGAGCAACAAGCAGCGACUAGAACAUCAACAGAAGCUUUUAAACCUUCAACAAAAGCUCGAUCUGGUCACCUCCAGCCAUCGGAGUAACACUCAAGAGCUGAGCCAGUCCAGACGGGACUCCUGCGGCGACAUACAACAAUAUGUACAAGACACCCUCAAAGCACUGGAAGAAUGGUACGGGCCUGUUCUGGAGGCACUUCUGAAGAGGAGAGACUCUGCUGUGAACGCUUUGACAAAAGUGAAAGAUCAGACCCAGGAGCUGAGAGUUCAGCUCACACCUCUGAGAGAAGAGAUGCAGAAACUGACGCUCCAGAACGUUUGUUUAGAAGAAAAACUCAGGCUGAUGAGUUUCCAAAGAAAAGAGGAGACGGGACAAUACAAGGAAACUGUAAACUCCUUGGAAGAAACCUGCAGACAACUAAAGAUGGAGCUGAGAAUUCAGAACACAAAAACCAAUGAGAUGAAGGAGCUGAAAGAUCGACUGAACAAACAGCUGGCAGUGUACAGGUCAGCUACAGGAGAUCACGACUGUGACGAGCAAAGAAAUACUGACCCUUGAUGUACUACGCGUGACUAUUACAGUGUGGAGCUUUGUAACUGCUGAACCAAUGCACUUUAUUUAUACCCAUUUUAUUUCAAAAUAAACAUUUAUACUUAGAUGAAAACUG